AUGGUCACUGUAAAAAAUGCAUAUGAUGUGAGAAUUGUGUUACCACCAGCUCCCACUGGUUCUUUGUCACUAGACCAGUACACUGCUAUUGUAGUUGGUGCAAAAUCAUGCAAUAUUCAACUUUUAUCUUCAAGGGUACCAACAUGGAUUAAGAUCCCAAUGUCAGUUGCCCUAACAUUUGGAGCCUUCGAGACUGCUUUGCUAGAUAAAGUUAACAAGACAUGUGAGCUUGAGCACAAAAUUAGAAGUUCCAAGCUACCAUGGCCUGUUGAUGAAGGUAAUGAGAGGUGGAGUUAUGCAUGGCAAGCAAUAAAGAAGGUCUGGGCUUCAAAGUGGAACGAACGAGCUUUUCUCAGUUGCCAAAAGGCCAAGUUGAAUCAUGAAAAUAUAUGCAUGGCUGUAUUGAUUCAAGAAGUUAUUUGUGGUGAUUAUGCCUUUGUUAUUCAUACAAAAAAUCCCUUGUCAGGGGAUGCUACAGAGAUAUAUGCUGAG